UCGAUGUGGCGACUGUAAAGUUAAAACGUUUAUUUCGUUUUUUGGUUUUUAAAAGAAACUGUUGCAAUGAAACUUUAUAUCCUAGCUUUGUUUUGUGUCUGCAGUUUAGUUAAAGCAGAAGAGGACGAGAGACUGCCGAAUAAAUGCGAAGUGUGUAAGUUUCUGUCAGUGGAGCUGCAGGAUGCUCUGGAGAAAAGCAGCCGCUCAAAAGAAGUUCUGGAGGUCGGACAGGUGCUGGACACAGGCAAGCGCAAAAAGAAGAUAAAAUACAACACAUCGGAAACUCGGCUGACUGAGGCGGUGGACAACAUAUGUGAGCGCAUCCUACAGUACAGCGUUCAUGCAGAGAGGCCUGGCAGCCUCCGCUACGCCAAGGGUACCAGUCAGACCAUGGAAACUCUGAAGAGCCUGGUCCACAAAGGGGUUAAAGUGGAUCUCGGCAUGCCAUACGAGCUGUGGGACGAACCCUCUGUAGAAGUGUCUGACAUGAAAAAACAGUGUGAGACCAUGCUGGAGGCGUAUGAGGAGAUCGUGGAGGACUGGUACUUCCAUCAUCAGGACCAGAGGCUGGAGAACUUCCUCUGUACGAGCCACGUCCUCAACAUGUCAGAACGAGAAUGUCUGAAGGAGGUGUGGAAAGGAGACAUGGGGAGAAAAGGAAGGGCCAAGGAGUCAGCAAGCAAGAGCACUGGAGAGGAAGGAGCAAAUAAUAAGGCAAAGGAGGAGGAGGGGAAAACACACGAUGGUGGAGAGCUAUGAAGGAAACAUUUUUAAAGGAACAAACACAGCCAACAACAGAAAACCUCAAUUGAAGCUUUUGGCAGACAAACUGCAAAACAACAGACAGAAGCUGAGAUGUAUGAUCUAUUGCUCUGGUACACAUAAUGAAAUUAAAGCUGAAAUUAGCUCUUCUGUUGACACAAUUUCUUGUGCCAAAUCCUAUAAGUUUACAUUAAGAGUGAUAAUAGUGUGAGAUGAUACUUUACAGUAUUGAACACUAAAUUUCUGCCAUGAAUGAAUCAUGUUACCUGUGUAUAAACUGUUGCACCUUUUUAAACACUCAGUUAUUUGAACUGUUAUGUUUUUAAGUCUUUACCAGUAAUAUUUGAGACCUUUGAGUCUUACAUCACAUGUAAACGCUGUUACAUCUCUCCUUCUGCCGAUAUUAUAAGGCACAUAUCAAUACUUUUUAACCCUGAAUGCAAUAUGUACAGUUUUUCAUAGUGA